CUUAAUCGUGUUGAGAUUCUUAAAUUUUUAUUGUGGUUGAAUCUAUAAUGAUUUUGUAAGUCUAUCAUUAAUACACUUUAGAACUUGUUAAGUGGAUGGAUAAAUGGCUUCCAAUAUAUUACAUAAUUGCUCAUAUCAUUUUGGAUUGGCUAGGAGAGUAGUUCAGAAUUAGAUAUAACAUAACAUUAUUUAUACAUCUGAAUGUAUAAUUGUUAAGAAAAAUACUUACUGAGUUUGUUGUAUAAUUUUUCGUUUAAAUUGUAAGAUCUUAUCCUAUAUAGUUAAAGUAAUUUAACCCAAAUUAUAUGACUAUUAAUUCUGUAUUUCGGAUGAUAGGAAAAACCAUCUAUUAGUGUGAAUUCUAAUGAAUUAAUAACAGAAAUUUUAAUAAAUUGUAACAGUUAAUAGUAUUCCUUAGAUGUAAGUUUUGAGAUAUUAUAAAAAGGUUAUAAAAUAUAUAGAAAGAAGAAGAAUAUAAUCAGAAAAAGUAGUGAUCUAUUAAUAAAAGGAUCUAAGGUGAUUGAAUAACAAAUAUAAAAUAUUUUAGAUGAAACUUAACAAUAGAAAUUAUUAUUGUAAACAAAUGAUCAAUAUAAAUUGAGUUCAGAUAAAAAAUUCACUGAACUGAUAGUUCAUGAAACUAUAGAAACAAUUGAAUUUAUUUUAGGUGUGAUAUCAAACAAAGGUAGUUACUUAAGUUUGUGGGGAUUGAGUCUUGCUGAUUCUGAGUUAGCAGAUAUGUUUUAUUGUUUAAUUUUAUAAAGUUCUAUGAUAGAUUGAAGAUAAAAUGGGUAGAUUAUUAGAAUUAACAAAGGUAUUACUAAUAAGAUAUUCAAUUUUGGCUUUAGUGAGUUUUUAAUUAUUGAUUUGAAUAGAUACUAUGGAAUGUUCUUGACAUUAUUUAAGAUUUAAAUAGGUAAGAAAUGAAAUUAAAAAAUAAAAUGUAGAAUUGCAGAAUAAGUUUAUAAGGGAG